CCAAGACCAGCAAUACGCUAGCACCAGUGCGCAGCGACGAGGCAUCACUCACACUGUCAGGACACCAGGAGCUAGUUCGCCGGAAACGCUGCUGACCGCCACUCCCGCCGAGGCGCCGACAGGAGACAAUCAUCCCUUCGCUAAUGCGCCGCCGCCCGCUGUAUUCUCUGUCCGACCCAUCGUAAUGUUUUUCAAUUUUUGCCUAAGAGAUUGAAGGGAAAGGCUUUGAUUCAUAUGAUGACGACACAGAAUACACCCCACCAAAUAUUGCAAUCUCCGGCUAGACUCGGCCUCCCGCCACCAAACUCACCUUCUAUCCAAAACCCCGCCUCUCCUAAACCAUCCAAUAACCAGCUCUCUCAAUCUCACAUCCGUCAACACCCAAACAACUUCUCCACCACAACAACCUCUCUAACCCUUCUGUCCCUCCUCCCCCCUCUUCCCAGAGCUCAAUCUCUCCUUACUCAAAUGGCUUCCCUCUCUUCCAGACUCUUUGAAGUUUCACCCAACCGCACCCAAUGGGUUAGUUCCUUCCGUGGCUCUCUCCCUUCCUUCUUACCUUCUCAUCAAAUUCCGCCACUUGACUCCUUCCCAUCAUCCACAAAACAAACCCUUUCUCUCUUCACUUCCUUACAGUCACAGCUCUUUGAGGCUGUUGCAGAGCUUCAAGAGAUCCUUGACCUUCAAGAUGCAAAGCAGAGGGUCUCCCGCGAAAUUCGUUCAGAAGAUUCCUCCAUUCUCUCUUUUGCCCAGAAGCUUAAGGAAGCGGUCCAAGUUCUGGACAUGCUAGUGGAUGACUACUCCGAAUAUCGCCGCCCAAAACGGGCCAAACUGCCUGAGGAGGAGGACUAUUCGUUAACUACCGUCACCACCCAGCUUAAACUGUCUGAUAUAUUGUCUUAUGCUCACCGAAUCAGCUAUAGUACUUUUGCCCCACCCGAAUAUGGUGCUGGGUCUGGCCCACUCCGCGGGGCGCUUCCACCUGCCCCACAGGAGGAGCAAAUGCGUGCCUCUCAGUUGUAUAACUUUGCCGAUCACGAUGUAGGUUUGCCCAAAACGGAUGAGCGUAAUGAGAAGAUACUUGAGCCGCUUGUUGACCCGGCGAUGGAGGAAGUCAAUCAUAAACAACUUCCCAUCCUGUCAAAUAUUGUGGUGCCUGAUGGAUGGGAACCCGGAAUGCCCGUGGUACUGCCCAUUGAUAUACCUCCCCCUCCACCGGGCUGGAAACAGGGAGAUCCAGUUCCCCUUCCUCCGCUUUCACUCACUCAGAAGGUGGAAGGUCCACCAAUGCAACUACCUGUGGUGGUGCCUCCACAGGGCCCGCCAAAGAUGCCUGAAAUCAUACAGGUUCGGCAUGUGCAGCUUGAUCUUACUGAUGGCAGUAGUGACUACAGCAGUGAUGAUGAAGCCAGCUCUGAUAGUGAAGAUUGAUUUUCAUAUGAACAAACACAGAAAAGGUGUAUUUCUGCUUGUUUUUUCACUGAGAUAUGGACUAAAAUAACCCCAAAUCUCAUAAGUACUUGUCUUAUCAGAUAUGAGUUGUUCUGCUAUCAGCUUUAAGUUUAACCCCAUUUGAUUCCAACAUAAAAGGUCCAAUGUCUUUGCAUUGAAAAGAUGAUCACCUUACUUAUUUGUUGGAAUGAAUAUUCGAGCUAUGAUGAACCUUUUAUUAGUGUAGAUCAAUGAUGGGAUUGCACUUGAAUGUAUAGUAGAGAAUUCAUAUGGUACUCCUAAUGGGGGAACAAAGUAGCUUAGUGUUGUUCCUUUGUAGCAUGCUAUUGCUAGUGUUCCCUUUUACGGAGUAGAAAACAGGAACUUCUUCGUGCCAAUGUGCCAUUUUGUACAGUUUUCAAUUCUUCAUCAUCAUCAUUAUCCCAGUAUGCAAUUACGAUUACUAAGUCAAUUUACCCUUAGGGACUUGGGAAACGACUCCAGUAUGUAAUACUUCUCAGUUUUCAC